AAGACACUGACUGCAUUCUUCUAUUUUCACAUUGUCAUCGGUAUCAUCUGAACUGAAAUAAGACGUGGAAGUGUGCAAUAAACUAAUCAACCAUGACCAGUGAUGUAGCACGCGACAAGGCGGCCCGUCUGCUGAAGAAGCAAGGGUCCAUGUCUUCUCUGGCCAGCAGUGAUGUUCACCGAGGCAAAAACUUGGGUCUACCUGUAGAAAAAAGCAUUGACAAAAGUCUGCUGGGAGAAUGUUCUAUGAGUACUGUGUCUUUCACUGAUGACCCCGGUCAUGAUGACCACUACCGUCCACCAGUCAAAUACGAAAACUCUUACCAGACAGCACCCAAUCAAAAGUUUCCUACUGCCAGGAUACGUUGUAUCAUCAGUGACGUUCUUGAAAGCUGUCUUCGCCAUGAAAAAUAUGAGCCAGAAUUAUGUCGUCAGCUCUCAAAAACGACAUCAGAGAUCAUCAAGACACGAGUGAGAGAAAUGAAUAUCCCACGCUUCAAGAUCAUCUGUUUGGUCCACAUUGGACAGCUGAACAACCAGGGUCUGCGGAUCGGCAGUCGAUGCCUGUGGGACUCGACAUGUGAUACAUUUUCUUCCUAUGAAUUCCGUAACAAUAAAUUAUUUGCCAUAGGCUCUGUGUAUGGGGUGUAUUUUGAGUGACCUAGAUCUGUAGCAUACUUUGGGAGCUGGGAGUGUUCAAGCUCAUCCCUCAUAUAACAAAUUUUUUUUUUGUUUUUUUUUUUUUUUUGCAAUACAGUUUUAGUAAUUCUACUUUUAAUUGGCAAUCACAAUUGCCCA